GUGCGUGUAGUGUGUGAGAGAGAAAGUGAGAUAAAUGCUCAAAAACAGUGGGGAGCUUUCGCACGCACACCAAAGUCUGGUGUUUUUUCCACGCACAUAUCCGCUUCCAUAACCCUCAGAUCUCUCUUCAGAAAUUCCGUCUUUUGUUGUUUUGGUUGCUGGCAAUUGAGAUUUCCUGCCUUCCCUUUUUGUUCUUGUGCUGUGGCUCAACGUUGUUCGGACUCAUAUCACCGUAGGUAAAAAGAACAAUUACACGCACAAACAGUGUGUAUGUGUGGGAGAUGACAUGUGAAAGAAUAUAGGAUAAUGGGGUCCAAGAAAAAAUCAAGUUCUUCCAAAAAUCAUCGCAGCAGGGGCAUGUCGAUCUCAGGGCUUCGUAUAAAGCACCAACAAGAAUUAGAAAAUUUGACCCUGACCUCACAGCCUUUCAAGACAUUAAAGCUUUUUAUUCUUGCCGUCACACGAUAUCUCAGCCGAUCAGUAGCAUAUCUUUUGUCACAUCGUGGUUGGCUUAUGCUGUUGAGUACCAUUGUUGCGAUUGCUGGCGUACUACUUGUUACUGUUGAUGGUCCUCAUGAGAAGCAUGUUGAGGAAGUUCUACGUUAUUUGCGAUUUGGAUUAUGGUGGGUGGCUCUUGGUGUUGCAUCUUCCAUUGGACUGGGUUCUGGAUUGCACACUUUCGUACUCUAUCUGGGACCUCAUAUUGCAUUAUUCACUAUAAAGGCAGUGCAAUGUGGUCGAGUAGACAUUAAAAGUGCCCUAUAUGAUACAAUACAAUUAAAAAGAGUUCCUUCAUGGCUUGGCAAGGAUUGUGCUGAAUUUGGGCCCCCGUUGUUUCCAUCGUCACAUGGCGUACGGAUUCCCCUUAGUAGCAUAUUGCCCCAGGUCCAGUUAGAAGCAAUCCUGUGGGGUCUUGGCACUGCGCUUGGUGAACUUCCCCCUUACUUCAUUUCAAGGGCAGCUCGCUUGUCAGGUGGUAAAGUCAAUGCAAUGGAAGAAUUGGAUGAUUCCUCAAAAGAGGAUGAGGGAUUUAUAUCUGCUCGACUAAAUAAAAUUAAGCGCUGGUUCCUGUCACAUGCCCAAUAUUUAAACUUCUUCACGAUUUUAAUUCUUGCUUCGGUACCUAAUCCUUUAUUUGAUCUUGCGGGCAUAAUGUGCGGACAAUUUGGAAUUCCUUUCUGGGAGUUCUUUCUUGCAACGAUGAUAGGCAAAGCAAUCAUCAAGACUCACAUACAGACGGUGUUUAUCAUUUCCGUGUGCAAUAAUCAACUUCUUCACUGGAUGGAAAACGAACUAAUUUGGGUACUUAGCUUUAUACCUGGGUUUGACUCUAUAUUACCCAACCUCGUCUCCAAACUCCAUAAGAUCAAAGACAAGUACAUGGCGACUAAACAUCACGUUCCGGCAAAUAACAAGGGGAAUAAAUGGGAAUUUUCUCUCGCUUUCAUUUGGAACACCAUCGUUUGGUUCAUGCUGAUGAACUUUUUCGUCAAGAUUGUGAACGCAACCGCACAACGGUACCUAAAGAAACAACAAGAUAAGGAAAUAGCAGCGUUGAAGAAUAAAUCAUCCAAGCAAUCCGACGACUCUGAUACUUCAUCUAGGUGAACUACUUCUUUCCAUUUUCUUCGCCCCAUUAUACAUUAUAAUUUGUUUCUACCCAACAGGGGUUAGAAUUAUGGGAGACGUUUAUAUAUAGUCGCCGUUGAAUCCCCUGACGUGAGAAUGCAUGUGUAAGCUCCCCCAUUUGAAACUUGUACAGAAAGCUCUGGAAUUUGUUUAUUCUGUGAAACAUCAGGGGAGGACAGUGGUUUUACUCCUGGGGGCAAUCAAAAAGAAGAUAUUGUUGACAUUUUAACAUGAAAUUUGAACUAUUCUUUGGGUAAUGCAGCUCUGGAUGUGGUUUCUGCAUAU